AUGGUGGUUGAUAUCCUCGUCCUCGGGGCGACAGGUUUCACCGGUCGCCUCAUCACCCGCUACCUUGCGAGUCACCCGCAGCGCAAUUCGUUCACGUUUGCCAUUGGGGUACGCUCGAAGACCAAGGGCGUGGAGCUACUGAAGUCGCUCGGGAUUGAGAACGACGGAACGGUGCGGCUUGUCGAGGUUGAUGUCACGCGGUAUGAGACGGUCGAGGCGGCGGUGAGGGACACGAAGGUUGUGAUCAACACCGUAGGGCCAUUCUGGUUAUGGGGGACGAGCGUCGUCCGGGCAUGUGCGCUGCUGGGUAGGCGGUACGUGGAUCUCACCGGCGAGCCCCAGUUCGUGCGCAAGAUUAUCGAGCUCUUUGAUCAUAUUGCAACGAAGACGGGAGCUGUGAUCGUCCCUUCCUGCGGUUUCGAUUCCCUUCCGAGUGACUUGGCUGUCUUCCUCUCCAAUCGCACUCUGAAGAAUGCCAUCGGCCCCCAGACGCAACUCGGCCUCUCGCAAACCUUCUUCGAUAUCAAGAGUGGGAUUUCGGGCGGCUCGCUGGCGACGCUAGCGACAGAGAUCGAAGAGGUGCCGCAAAUCCUCCUCGCCCAGAGCCGUCAAGACUACGCGCUGAGCCCAGUCCAUGGAUACCCGAGCCCGGCCUUCCAGAAGGCCGUCCGCGUCCCGUUCUCCUCUCCUCCGGCGUACGGCGCGUUCUGGAUCAUGGCGAACGUGAACCGCGCGAUCGUGCAGCGCACGUUCGGCCUCAACGAGCUCCUCGCAAAUUACUCAGGCGCUUUGCUCACAUCCGCGCCAGUGCAGGAGACCGCGGCGCAGAUCCGUCCCCUGACGUAUGGCCCGGAGUUCCGCUAUGCGGAGUAUAUGGCCGUCGGCACCUCGCGGCUCGCGGCGUCCGUGUCGAGCACGCUGCUGGGCGUGUGGCUCGCGUUGUUGUUCUACGUCCCCCCUAUAUGGUGGUUCGUCAAACUGUUCCUCCCGAAGUCGGGCGAGGGCCCUUCUGAGCAUCAACUGAAGACAGGGUACAUGACGGUGACCAACUUCACCGAGGCUGCGAGCGCACCGGGCACCUGGGCGAAGACGACCAUCCACGGAAAGGGCGACCCUGGCUACCUCCUCACCGCAGGUAUGAUAUCCGAGUGCGCGCUUGCACUUGCUUUGGACGACGCAUCCCUGCCGCCCCAUGCGCGCCUCGGAGGCGUGCUUACGCCCGCGACCGCGCUCGGGAGCGACAUCGUCAGUCGGCUGGAGGCGUCAAGUCUACUCCAUUUCGAGAGUCAGAUCGUGCGCGGCCAGGAAGAGAGCAGGAAGGACCGAUGA